UCACUACUGGGCACUGACUGGUGGCACUGACUGGCAGCACUGCAUUGAUUGGCACUGGUGGGCACAGAUGGGUGGGCACAGGUGGGUGGCACUGCUGGGCACAGCUGGGUGCACUGCUGGGCACAGCUGGGUACACUGCUGGGCACAUGUGGGCAGAACUGGUGGGUGGCACUGCUGGGCAUCGAUCAUCAGGGCACUGGUUAUCAGUGCCCUGAUGAUCGGUGCCAAUCCCUGCUCUGACAACUGCCGGGCUGAUCACGUGGUAAAAGGCCGCUGUGAUUGGCCUUUUACCACAUCACGUGAUCAGCUGUGUCCGUAGGACACAGCGAUCACGGAGAUCGCCGGGGGCGCGCAGAAGAGCGUGUUCUGGGAGAACGUCACAUGACUCCCUCCCAGAACUGGCCGGCCACAGUGUAGCCGUCAUUUGGCUAUCUGC